AUGGUAGUUACUACUGCCUUGGCAGCACUGAACCUGCUGUCCUUAGUGCAGGGAACGUUGGUAGAGUUUGUCCCACGUGCAUCAGGAUCGCUGGACUCAUGGUUGGCGACUGAAACCCCUAUUGCACUUCAGGGAGUGUUGGACAAUAUCGGCUCAAGUGGUGCCUUUACCGAAGGAGCGGACGAGGGUAUUGUCCUUGCAAGCCCCAGCAAGGCUGACCCGGACUACUACUACACUUGGACUCGAGAUUCGGCGCUGACCCUCAAAACUUUGAUCGACAACUUCAUUGCUGGCACAUCCGAUUUGGAAUCCACUAUCAAGGAGUAUAUCAAUGUUGAAACAGUCAUUCAAGGGAUCUCGAAUCCGUCCGGAAGCCUUGCAGAUGGUACUGGGCUUGGAGAGCCAAAAUUCAACGUCAAUAGGACUGCAUUUACAGGUUCCUGGGGCCGUCCACAAAGAGACGGACCUGCGCUUAGAGCAACUGCAAUGAUUGCAUAUGCUAAUUAUCUAAUUGAUAAUAGCCAAAGCUCUACCGCAAAAGACAUAAUUUGGCCUAUAGUCCAGAACGAUUUGGCCUAUGUCGCCCAGUACUGGAAUAAGACUACAUUUGACCUCUGGGAAGAAACACAGGGAUCGUCUUUCUUCACUACAGCAGCCCAACAUCGUGCGUUAGUCGAGGGCAAUGCCCUCGCCACGUCUCUCGGCGAGUCUUGUGCCAACUGUGUCUCUCAGGCUCCUCAAGUCCUUUGUUUUCUACAGUCAUAUUGGACAGGCUCAUACAUUCUUUCCAAUUUUGCUAGCAACGGCCGUACAGGCUUGGACGCUAAUUCGAUUCUGGGAGUUAUUGAGACAUUUGAUCCAGAGGCGAGCAGCUGCGAUGAUGCAACUUUCCAGCCUUGCUCCGCAAAAGCCCUUGCUAACCACAAGGCUGUUACGGAUUCCUUCCGCAGCGUAUACUCGCUCAACUCAGGAAUUGCUGCUAGCUCUGCUGUUGCUGUUGGCCGCUACGCUGAAGAUGUAUAUCAGGGAGGCAAUCCCUGGUACUUGGCUACUACUGCCGCAGCAGAACAGUUGUAUGAUGCGAUUUAUCAAUGGAAAAAGAUUGGCUCUAUUACCAUCACCUCCGUCAGCCUCGGGUUCUUCCAGGCUAUUUACUCUUCCGCAGCGACAGGAACAUACGCCUCUGGAUCAUCCACAUUUGAUGCACUCAUUUCAGCCGUGCAGACCUACGCAGACGGAUACAUGAGCAUCGUCGAGAAAUACACACCGGCAGACGGCACACUUGCCGAACAGUUCCAGCGUGAUACCGGCGCACCUCUGUCGGCCUCCGCUUUGACUUGGUCAUAUGCAGCUCUGCUCACGGCAGCUGCCCGACGCGCAGGUACAGUGCCCGCAUCAUGGGGCUCUAGUAACGGAAAUACCGUGCCAACAACUUGCUCCGCAUCUUCCGCCACAGGUAGCUACACAUCUGCGACUAACACAGCUUGGCCCACGGCACCUACGAGCAGUACUAGACCCUCUUGCACAGCCCCCGCCAAACUAGCCGUCACAUUCCAGGAAAUUGUGACGACAAGCCUCGGACAAGAUAUCUAUUUGACAGGUAACAUCUCAGCGCUCGGUAGUUGGUCCACCGCUGCCAGCGAGGCGAUUUUGUUGAGUGCCCAGGAUUAUCGGUCAGCCGAUAAUCUUUGGUAUGUCACACUGAAUCUGCCCAGUGGCACCGCAUUUGAAUACAAGUUCUUCAAGAAUGAAAGUGGUACAAUUACUUGGGAAAACGAUCCAAAUCGGGUGUAUACUGUGGCCAGUGAUUGCGGUGUGAGCACUGCCUGCAUCAAUGAUAGCUGGCAGUAG